GGAUAAGGUCAGACUGGAAAUUUGCUAUAAAAAGCCAACACCACGCAGCUUUGGCAUCAGUUCUUAAUACACCGUUGAAGUUAUAACAUUAAGCUCCAAACGAAAAAAAAAUAAUCAACAUGGAUUUCUACUACACAGCCGGUUCCGCACCCUGCCGUUCUGUUCUCAUGACAGCUAAGGCGCUCGAUCUGAAACUGAAUAAAAAGAAUAUGAAUCUUAUGGCUGGCGAACACCUGAAACCGGAAUAUCUUAAAAUCAACCCACAACAUACCAUACCCACUUUGGUUGAUAACGGUUUCGCACUGUGGGAAUCGCGUGCCAUUAUGGUUUAUCUUGUUGAGAAAUACGGCAAGAACGACGCACUGUUGCCCAAGUGUCCCAAGAAGAAGGCGGUGAUCAAUCAACGUUUAUACUUCGAUAUGGGCACACUGUAUAAGAGCUUUGCCGACUAUUACUACCCGCAAAUCUUUGCCAAAGCACCGGCUGAUCCAGAGUUGUUUAAGAAAAUCGAAGAUGCCUUCGAGCUUUUGAACACUUUCUUGGAGGGACACGACUACGUCGCUGGCGACUCACUCAGUUUGGCCGAUCUGGCCAUCGCCGCUACAGUCUCAACCUUUGAUGUGGCCGGUUUUGAUUUCAGCAAAUUCUCUAACGUGGCUAAAUGGUAUGCGAAUGCAAAGAAGUCCAUGCCCGGCUUCGAUGAGAACUGGGAGGGUUGCUUGGAGUUCAAGGCGAAAUUUUUUCAUUAAUUAUACUCAAAUCUAGUUUGUAAUUUACGUGUAUUGUAACUGUGUGCUAAAAAAAAAGUAAGCACUGUGGGGCAAAUGUAUUAAUAUUUGAAUAAAAAUAUAUUAUUUUUGUUUUUUAAGAAAA